AUGUGCAAUCCAAACACUACCCCCAAACUCACCACCAUCUCCGUGAUUGAUCAUCAAAAGAUUACCUCCUCCUCCACCUCCACAAGAUCACCACGGCCACCAUCUCAAACCCACUUUUAUUUCGAUCUGUUAUCCCUCCCCACCCCCUUAAAAGUCCAGGAAAACCCCAAAGAAAACCAACAAAAUCCACCCAAAUUUGCCCUACCUUCACCCUCGGAGAUCGUUCAAGAAACCAAAGCCCUCUUCAAGCUAUCCUUCCCCAUAGCAAUCGCAGCCCUCAUCCUCUAUGCCCGCUCCAUUCUCUCCAUGCUCUUUUUAGGCCAACUCGGCGACAUCCAGCUUGCCGCUGGCUCUCUAGCUAUGGCCUUCGCCAACAUAACCGGUUAUUCCGUUCUUUCCGGUUUAGCACUAGGAAUGGAGCCGCUUUGUUCUCAGGCUUUCGGAGCACAGCUUCCCAGGCUUCUUUCCCUAACGCUGCAAAGGUCCGUUAUAUUUCUUCUGGCUUGCUCCAUCCCAAUCACAUUUCUUUGGAUCAACAUUUCCCAUAUUCUUCUUUAUUUGCACCAAGACCCCAUUAUCACCCGAUUGGCCCGCACCUACCUUGUUUUUUCACUCCCUGAUCUUGUCACAAAUUCUUUUAUUCACCCCAUACGUAUUUACCUUCGGGCUCAAGGUAUUACUUAUCCGCUCACCUUGGCUUCUCUGGCUGGCACGGCUUUGCACUUGCCCAUCAACUAUGUUUUGGUCAUCCAGCUCCGGCUCGGCGUGGCAGGCGUUGCUGCUGCGGCUGCCAUCUCCAACCUGGUGGUCCUGGUGACGCUCGUCUUGUACUUGUGGGCUACCGGCUUGCACGCCGCAACAUGGACGAAGGUGAGCGGAGAGUGCUUGACCGGCUGGGGUCCGCUCAUGCGGCUAGCCGCGCCGAGCUGCGUCUCGGUUUGUCUGGAAUGGUGGUGGUACGAGAUCAUGAUAGUGCUGUGUGGCCUCUUGGUGGACCCUAAGGCCACUGUUGCAUCCAUGGGCGUCUUGAUCCAAACGACGUCGCUGCUGUACAUAUUCCCGUCCUCGCUCAGCUUCGCGGUGUCCACGCGGGUCGGUAAUGAGCUCGGAGCAAACCGGCCCGAAAGGGCUCGCGUCUCAUGUGGUGUCGAUCUCAUAGCGGGCCUGAUGGGCUUAUCAGCUAUGGGCUUCGCAACAUCCUUGAGGGACUUGUGGGCUCGGAUGUUCAUUGAUGAUGGCAACAUCCUACGGUUGACAUCAGCGGCGCUGCCGAUUCUGGGACUGUGUGAGCUAGGCAACUGCCCACAGACCGUUGGAUGUGGGGUUGUACGUGGGACCGCCCGCCCGUCCACAGCAGCUAACGUGAACCUUGGGGCAUUCUAUCUUGUGGGUAUGCCCGUGGCGAUUGGGCUGGUGUUUGGGCUUGGGUUUGGAUUCUGUGGGCUUUGGCUGGGGCUUCUGUCGGCCCAGGUUUGUUGCGCGGGGCUGAUGUUGUAUGUUGUAGCCAUCACAGACUGGGAGUUCGAGGCCAACAGAGCGCAAUUUCUCACGUGCGAAGGAGGAUGCGGUGGUGACAGCAAGACUCCUCCUCCUCCAUUGCCUGGUGAAUGCGACAACGAAAUAGAGCCGUUGAUUUGUGUGACGGUGACGUCGUCGUGA